GCGCCCAUGCUUCUGGGAGCGCGCGGGGGACGUGGCGAGUGCGGGGCCGGGGCAGCCAUGGCUGGGAGUGUACCCUGGGUGCGGGGGGAUGUGUGAACCCCGUCCCGGCUCUGCGUUCCUGCGCCUCUGCGCCCCGCGGGACCGGCCGGGUCUCUGUACUGGGACCGAAAACGGGCUCCUCCCCGCUGUCUUCCCCUAAGGGCUGAAAAUGAGUCUCGGGAAGAAGAAACCCGAUGGGAUGAUGCCUGGAGUCUCUCCCUCUCUCAUCAGAGUGCAAUCGGCAUUUGGGGGGCGCGUGGUGGAGAAUACAUAUCCAAUGAGCAGCGCUGCCCUGGCCUCGAGCACUAAAUGCCAGUUCCCCUAGCUGCUUGUGACAACCAGAAAACGCCCCCACAAAUCACCAGACGUUGGCAGUUCUCCCCAAAGCAAAGGCUUUAGAGCUUCCUGGGUUAAUCUGGCUGCCACUUGUGAGCCUCGGAGGUUCCUGAUCUGUACACCAGGGUAAUUGUGGGAAUUAGAAAUACAUGAACCGAGCUUAAUAAUGAGCCGAUACGUAGUAGGUGCUUAACAAAUGGUUACUUACAUAUGUAACCAUGUAUGUAACCACUUGUGUAUAUUACACCUAGAAUGCACAUUUAAAAAUUCAUUCUAUUUGUUAAAGGUUUAAUAACAGGUAUAACAGAUAACCUUAUUUUUUUUUCGUAACUAAUGGGGGCAGUUCCUCAUGAGGUUAUUGGAAUAUAAACUCUCUAUUAAAGUAUUUUAAUACUAUAUAAAGUAAUUUAAUUUUCAAUAAUCGAGACAUUUUUCUUACACACUACCUGGGAGUAUAAUAUUACUAAUAAAAGAUUUAAGUAUUUUAUAAAAUCUGUAGUUUUUCCAAAAUGUCAUUUCUCUUAAAUAUUAUCUAAACUGCUAUCUUAAUUUAGGAAACAGAUAAAUUGGAGUAAGUUUACAGGCUACUCAGUGUGAAGAUGAUGAAGGUGACCACCUUUAUGGUGAUUCACUUCCACUAGUAGAGACGGGGUUUCACCGUGUUAACGAGGAUGGUUUCGAUCUCCUGACCUCGUGAUCCACCUGUCUCAGCCUCCCAAAGUGCUGGGAUUACAGGCAUGAGCCACCACGCCCGGCCUUCUCAACCCUCUUUAACCCCAAGGUUGAAAGUGUCAGUGUCCUGGUGAAGACCUAGUUCUUUCUGGAGACAAUUUCACUUCAGAAGCACUUUACUUAAAAGGACUUGCAAGGCUGGACAAUGCCCGUUGACUUGGGGCAGGCCCUAGGCCUGCUGCCAUCACUGGCGAAGGCUGAGGACUCCCAGUUCUCAGAAUCAGAUGCUGCCCUUCAGGAGGAACUCUCCAGCCCUGAGACCGCACGCCAGCUUUUCAGGCAGUUCCGUUACCAGGUGAUGUCUGGGCCUCAUGAGACCCUGAAGCAACUUCGGAAGCUCUGUUUCCAGUGGCUACAGCCAGAGGUUCACACCAAAGAGCAGAUCCUAGAGAUCCUCAUGUUGGAGCAGUUUCUGACCAUCCUGCCUGGGGAGAUCCAGAUGUGGGUGCGGAAACAGUGUCCAGGAAGUGGAGAAGAGGCAGUGACCCUUGUGGAAAGCUUGAAGGGGGACCCCCAGAGACUGUGGCAAUGGAUCAGUAUCCAGGUUCUAGGACAGGACCUCUUAGCAGAGAAGAUGGAAUCUCCAAGCUGCCAAGUGGGGGAAGUGGAGCCCCAUCUUGAAGUGGUGCCUCAGGAGCUGGGACUUGAGAAUUCAUCCUCAGGGCCUGGGGAGCUUCUGGGCCACAUCGUGAAAGAGGAAUCUGACACAGAAGCAGGACUAGCCCUGGCUGCCUCCCAGCCUGCCCGACUGGAGGAAAGGCUGAUCAGAGACCAGGACCUCGGAGCCUCACUGCUCCCAGCAGCACCUCAGGAACAGUGGAGACACCUGGAUUCCACUCAAAAGGAGCAAUACUGGGAUCUCAUGCUGGAGACCUAUGGGAAAAUGGUCUCAGGAGCAGGCAUUUCCCAUCCCAAAUCUGACCUGACUAAUUCAAUAGAAUUUGGGGACGAGCCGGCAGGACUAUACCUUCAUGUCAAUGAGAAGAUCCCAAGACCCACCUGCAUAGGAGAUAGACAAGAGAAUGACAAGGAGAACCUAAACUUGGAGAAUCACAGGGACCAGGAGCUCCUGCAUGCUUCCUGUCAAGCUUCAGGAGAGGUUCCUUCUCAGGCUUCCUUGAGGGGCUUCUUCAGUGAGGAUGAGCCAGGAUGCUUUGGAGAAGGAGAGAAUCUCCCUGAGGCUCUGCAAAACAUUCAGGAUGAGGGAACAGGGGAACAGCUCUCUCCUCAAGAAAGGAUUUCUGAGAAACAACUAGGUCAGCAUUUGCCUAAUCCUCAUUCAGGAGAAAUGUCCACCAUGUGGCUUGAGGAGAAGAGAGAGACCUCCCAGAAGGGGCAGCCAAGAGCCCCCAUGGCCCAGAAGCUCCCCACCUGCAGGGAGUGUGGGAAGACCUUUUAUAGGAAUUCUCAGCUUGUUUUUCACCAAAGAACUCACACCGGAGAGACAUACUUUCAGUGCACCAUCUGCAAAAAAGCCUUUCUGCGGAGUUCAGACUUUGUGAAGCAUCAGAGAACUCACACAGGAGAGAAGCCCUGUAAAUGUGAUUACUGUGGGAAAGGCUUUAGUGACUUCUCAGGAUUGCGCCACCACGAGAAAAUCCACACGGGAGAGAAACCCUAUAAAUGUCCCAUCUGUGAGAAAAGUUUCAUUCAGAGAUCAAACUUUAAUAGGCAUCAGAGGGUUCACACAGGAGAGAAACCUUAUAAAUGUUCGCAUUGUGGGAAAAGUUUCAGCUGGAGCUCGAGCCUUGACAAACAUCAAAGAUCCCACUUAGGAAAGAAGCCCUUUCAAUAGCCAGUAACCAAACUCUCUUUCCCCAUUUCUAUCUCCCAGCCCAGUAACAAAAAUACUCAGCUCCAUCAAGAGAAAUUGUGUCUAAGAGGAUACCUGUUAAUCUCCUUUUUUCAUGGAUUGGAGAGGAGAGAAUCUGGACAUGGCUUUGGACUUGGAGGAUAUCUUGGAAUUGGAUUGCACAAUGGCUUAAAUUCUUGAUUCUGCCUCAGGAGAAAGAAUAGUCUUCAUGUUUCCACUCAUCCUUCCUUUGGACCCAUCGGGGAAAAAGUCUAAAUUGGAGAUCCAGUUUUAGAAGUGCUUUCCAGGAAGGAUUUAAUGGGAUUAGCUGUAGUCACUGCUUAUGGGAAGAACCUCAGAUCAGCCCCAUAAAAUGGGUUCUAGAGCAGGUCUUCUGUUCCAGAAGGGGAGAAGGGGAGAAGCAUAGAGGGCCUGUGAGCUCACAUGUGUUCUUUGUCAUAGGGGUGAAAAACUAACUUCAAGUGUCCCUUGUUUGAAAUAAACGUAGCAGAGUCAGUUUCUAUCU